GACCAACAUUUUGAAUUAUUCCAUCUGGAUUGACAUCUCUCUGAAGAUAUACUGCAUAUUUGGUGAAACCACCAAUGAUUAAGCCGGCACCCGGCGUGCUGCGUGCCACAGCAGUAGGACGGGAGCUAAAGGGGCGUCUACAGACUGAUUAAAGGCGUCUUUUAGUUGCUAGGACACAGGGUGGAGACCCUCGGUGAAGUCAGCUGGAGUGAGACAGACUUUCAGGAACCAGCCAUGAAGACCAAAAUUUCUGAGUUGCAUUUGAAAUUUGCAGAGAAGACAUGGAAUGAAACAUUUCAGCUUGUCCGAAGAUGCAUGGAAAAACCCAAAGAUGAAUCCAAACCCUGUAAGCCGCUGCUGAGAUCUCUGGAAAGGCUCCAGGAAGUAUUUAAAGUGUCCUCUAUGAACACCAUGAGGUCUCGCCUGGAAAUGAUCGCCAAACAACAAGGAAUGGGCUUUCACAUCACUGACGCCACAUGCUACCUGACAGCUGAUUUGUUCUACCUGGAGGUUGUGCUGCUGCCAUGUGGUGGAGUCCAGGAGGUAAAAGUGGCCCAACAUGGAGGAUCCCCUGCUCCCAGUGAGUCCUUUCUUCAGCUGCUGAGGUCAAAACAUUUUGCUGAGUUCUCCAUGAAACUGGCAGGCCUCUUCACCCAGUACAACAUCCCAGGAGACAAUGAAAACAAAAUAAAAUUGUUUGCAUCUCUGCAAUACCUCGGGAAGGACUUGCAGCAAAUAUCACAACUGCCAGGGGUGCCAAAGGACUCUGACCCCCAAGUGGACGUGAUCAACAAUGGCAGGAUUGGAUGUCUGAUCGCUGGAAAAGAAGAUUGCCCCCUGAUGAUCCAGUUCUAUAUCUCCCCGACUGAUGGAAUAAAGACCUCAGAUUUACAAAUGAUCGAUGCAGAGACGGUCGUGCAGGCAGCCCAGGUGACUGUAGGUGUCAGCGCCGUGACCCAAAAGCUUCAGAUGGCGUCUGUGAUCCCACAACCUCCCCAGCUGGAUCCCCAUGGCUCUCCUGUGUUCCUGCCGUUGAAUGAGGUGCCACAUGAGUCGCUGUCUGCCUGCUUUCUCCUCAAACUGCAGCCUUCGAUCCCAAUGAUGUCGUCUUUUGUGAACAAGCUCAGUCAAAUCACAGGUGUGGCCAUACCAGAUGUUGACCUGCAGUGGGCACCAUUACCCCAGCUUCUGAUGAGACGUUCAAGUGCAAACAGCCACGGGGAGACAUUACAUGAGCAAGAUACUAUUUUCACAUUGCGUCUUCCUGGUGGGGCGAUGCACAGUUACAUUGUCUCCAGAGCUGCAUGGGUGGUGCCUCCCCAGAGAGCGACUGUCGUGGACAACGUUCCCUUCACCCACCCGGCCCACGUCCCGGCCCUGCUGGAGCUGCUUCGACAUCAGUGUGCCAUCAACACCCUGCUGAGGAGCUGUGUCACUUCUCAGUGUACUGGAACAGUUUCAGGGUGUGACCUGCACUUUGAAGUCCUUCCGGAGUCUGAGACCAGCUUCUCUGUGACCUUCCUCCGACCGGACACUGACUCCCUCGCUGUUUUGCUGGUGAACAUACCUAAUUCUCAUCAGAUUUCCUGCACUUUGUUCGGAGCAGGAAUGGGAAAUCCCUCUAUGGAUGAAUACCUUUCCACUGUCAUGAGGAGGUUCAUGUCCAUUCCUUUGACCUUGAGGAUGUUAUACAGUAAGCUAGAGGAGAUCACCUCUGUCCCACUUCCUCCCAGCCGUCCGGCCACCACAGAGGCCGUAAAUGACCACUCGGCUCCCUCAACCACGGCUGUGACUGACACUAACAGCGCCUUGACCGCACACUCCCAGAGUGCAGCUGUGCCAGAGGACAGCUUCACUGAUGCUGGUUCGGCCUGCUAUGCCAUGUCUGUAGCCAAAUGUGAGCUCCUUCCUGAAAUAAACACGAGUCCUGCUGUCAACCCUUACCCGUCCACUCCUGUGGGUGUGUUUUCACACUGGAUGACCAAUAACGGCCAACUGACGGAGCUGAUCUGAAACUCUGGAGAUGCUGCAGCAGAUUGAGUGUACGAUCACGUCCAUCUCCUGCAGAAAGCCGAAGCGUUUCUCACCAUGCAUUCCAGUGUGGCAGAGACUACUGCCUGUAAAGGUUUGAGGUUUGGCAUUUGACCUCUCUCAGACAGCCAAGAGCCCGGUUGAUUGGUACCAUGUGAGCCAAUCAAACAUUGUUAGAGUGCAUUCUUGAUGGCUCGUAAGAGUAAAGUAAAGAUCAACACACUACACGUAAAAAUAAGAAAUGCUGGAUGCAUAAAUGAUAUCAAGGGCAGGGCUUAAUCUGUAUUAAAAAUCACACUUAGUCAUUUUUUCCCCUUUUAAAACUACAUUUUCGUACAAUAAAUAAGUUCCAGUUGGUGUGAAAAGUUCAAUACCUUUGUGGAAUGGAAAUUCCAGUCCUAAAUAUCUUAGUUUUCCUGAGUGUCAGCCAGGACAGCCACCAGUA